AAAAGCAGUGUGAUUCUUAUGGUGGAUUGAGCGGGUUUCAGCUGCUUUGGCAGGUAAUUUAGCACGUAAGAGAAUUACAUGCACUUCCUCUGGAUUUGAUUAAGAAAGGUGCACUAACGGACAAUGUUCAAUUUUAAACGUAUUUCUUUGCUUAAUGUGCUGCAUUAAUUAUUUCUUGUAAGAAGAACCUGGAUACUGCUGCUUAUAAGACCUACAGGGCAGCACUAUCAUGAGACACUUGCUUCAGCCACUGGUCCUGUGGGGAGACAGAGCACCGGCUCAUACAAUCACAGCAAUUUUGCUAGCUGAUGAUCAGACUACCAUUGUGACUGGAAGUAAAGAGGGUCAGAUAUGCCUCUGGGAGCUUUCCUGUGAGCUAAAGAUCUCACCGAGAACACUUCUAUUUGGUCAUUCUUCUUCUAUAACCUGCUUGUCCAAAGCUCGAGACUUUGACAAACAGCCCUAUAUUGUCAGUGCUACAGAAAAUGGGGAGAUGUGCCUUUGGAAUGUUACCAACGGACAGUGCAUUGAGAACACAAAGCUUCCGUACGUUCAUACUUCAAUCUGUUAUUACUACUGUUCAUUCCGGAUGUCUGGUGAUGGAUGGCUGAUCUGCUGUGGACAGUACCAAGAUGUGCUGGUCAUUGAUGCUCAGACUCUGGAAGUCCUGCACACUUUUGUUUCAUCCCAGUCACCAGACUGGGUAAGCUGCAUGUGUGUUAUCCACUCACCCAGAAUUCAAGAGGACUCCCUUGUGGUUGUAUCAGUUACCGGAAGCCUUAAGGUGUGGGAUCUUUCAUCAUCAAUACAUCAUGUACAGGAGAAAGAAAGUGUUUCUGAAUCUGAAUCUAAGUCACUUCAUUGCAGGAACUGUCGAGCAGUCAGAUUUUGUUCAUUCACCCAAAGGUUUUUGUUGAUAGUUUGUUCCAGCUUUUGGCAGGUGUAUGACUACUGUGAUUUUUCCUUGCUGUGCCAUGAAGUUAACAGGAAUGACAAUUGCUUGGCUGGGGGAGAGAUUCUAGCUGCGAACAAACUCAUCAUCUGGACAGAACAUGGUCAUGGUUAUAUCUACCAGCUGCCUGACAGGUGGACUCAGAUGGGAGCGACACAUGAAAAGUUCAGUGGGCUUUUCAAAAAUGGUGUCUCUCUGGUAAAAAGAAACUCAGUCAGCAUUUCUCUUUCACCUCGGUUACUUUGUACUACCGUGUUAAGGGACAAAGAGGUAUCUCAAAAUGUUAUGGGGUUCAUGAAUGAACGGAAAGAUCCUUUUUAUAAGAUUUUAUUCUCUGGAGAAUCAUCUGGACGAAUAACUUUGUGGCUUCUCCCAGAUGUACCUAUAGCUAAAAGUGAUGGCAGUCCAGAAGAAAUUCAAGUAUCUGCAACGUCAUCUCUGCAAGAUGUUUUUGAAGAAUGUAGACCUGAUCCAAACAGAGAUGCUGACUGUGAUGGAACUCCUAAAGGAGCUGUUACUACUGGUGUUUACAUACCUAAUUAUGACAAGCUGGUCUGCGGAUAUGAAGAUGGGAAAAUAAUUAUAACAAUUGCUUUACAUACAGCUAGAGAAAGAUUGCUAGAUGAACGAUCUCUACUGAACGAUUGGUUGCCUCACAGGGUUCUAAAUGGACAUAAUGGUGCCGUAUCCUGCUUACUUUACCCAUUUACUAUCUCUGUGAAUUUUUCUCCAACUUGGUUGGUCUCUGGUGGACAUGAUUCCUGUGUGAUCCUAUGGGAUAUGUUUACAGGAGAGGCACUACAUAAAUUUAUUCUGCAUGCAAGCACAGUGAUUGGUCUGUCUGCACCAGCAGAUGAGAGCAGUGUAAAAUUUGCCUCUAGUGUGUGCUGUCUCACCAGUGACCACUCCAUAGCAUUACUGCACCUUCAAGAAAAAGUCUGCCUAAUGCGUGCCCAGAAGCAUUUAUUUCCUGUUACAGCAGUAAAACUGUGUCCCUUGGAAGAUGUCCUGCUUGUUGGUUGUGAAGAUGAAUCAUUAUAUGUCUGGGAAAUCGAAACAGGUACACUUGACAGAUAUGAAACUGGAGAGAAUGCAAAGAGAAUUCUUCGCUAUUGUGAAGAAUUUAAGUCCACUGUAGAUCUUCUUAAUCCAAUGCCUGCACUUUCAAUAGAAUCAUUUAGGAAAAGGCAUGCAGGUCAAAAAAACUCAGUUUCUUUCAAGUUUGGGUCUCCAGCGCACUCUCCGACAAGUCCUGAUGGAUCGUUUGAUAAGGUCAGCACUGAUGAGUAUUUCCAAAGCCCAUUAUCUGUUUUGCCAAUGAAAGAAAAGUGGAACAACAACAACUUUCAUAUCCUGAUGUUUGACUUGGAGAAACUACUGGAGCUCAUAUGGCCAGAAACAGAAGAGACAAUAAAGACCACCAGCUCUUUGGCAAGUUUUGAAAUACUUAAAAAAGUAGCAUCAGCAGGAGAGAUAAAAAAUCAGAUACUGAAACGCAAUAAAACCUCAGUUAGUACAAACCUUACAGAAGCAUAUCCAAAAAGUCCUACUAGUGAAAGCCCAACUGUUACUGACAAUAACGUUAUGGAGGCUAAAACUGAAAAAGUUGUCUUCAAAAAGUUGAAGCCAAAAUUUAAAAGCACAAAGAAGAUAAAAGUUCAGUCUUUAAAGAAUGUGGAUAUCAAUGUAACUACGGAUACUAUCAAACUUCUUUUAUCUUGUCUUUUUCCAUGGGGUGUGGAUAAAGCAUUAGAUGAACUGUGUGUUAAAAAGCUUGGGAUAUUUAUGUUGCAGUGUCCUGCCUCCUUUGGUGUCUUAUCAAAAGAAGAACACUUGUCACUCAUGUUACCUGCAUGCAGCUGUGAAGAUCAUGGUAGGAAAAAAUUACACGGAAUUAAUCAGAUAUCUGAAAAAGUGGUGGAUUUGGCUAACAAGUAUAUCAGUGCUAUCAGUGAGGAAAGCACUUAUCAGAAAGCAGCAUUAGUGUUACGAGAUGAUGAAAAUUUUGAAAACAAAGCCAUGCUGCAAUUAUUCUCCAGGAUUUACAUGGUCAACCGACUGAUGAAAUCAUCACUCAUGGAAGGAAAUAUUAACGCAGGCAGUCUAAAGAAGAUGGAGUCAGUACAUUACAAAAGAAAUGUUUCAUCUACUGCCAUUGCAUCCACCGAAGAGCUAACCCACUCACAACAUAUUCAGCACUCCUUGGAUAUGGACACAGGAUUUCCACGCAGCCUGGUUUUACGUUGGCAAACCCAAUCAGUUCAGGUUUUAGAAGCUGUACAAGCUGUUCUACUGGCAGAAGUUCAGAUUCUUGUGAAAACCUUCAGAAGGGCAUCUGUCAGAAGUAAGCAAAUGACUCUGGCAAAGACUGAAAUGUAUGAUAACCAGGAAGUACAGAAAGCUGAGUUCGGAGACCAUGUGGCAUCAUCUUACAUCACCGACUCUGUUUUCACACCUCCAGUCAGCCUGGCCAAGCAUGACAGUGCCUUAGAACUGGCAAAGCUUCAAGAAAUUGAGGAUAUGCCUGACGGAUAUGUCUGUAAGAAAUCUGACAGCCCAGUCAGGCGCUGCCUGUACCAGUUUUUGAAGGUUGGGAAAUUUCUGAAAAAGGAGGUCAACUAAUUUUCCCCCGGCUAAAAGAUGUCAUAAGAAAAUGGUGGCGUCCAAGUCUCGUAUCCAAGCUGUGCUAUUGCAAGACAUGCUAAAAGUGCUAAAUGAUUACCCUUAUUUUUUAAAACACUAUCAUUAAUUAUUUUUUUAUUGUGUUGCUUUAUUUGUACAUCAAGAUCUAUGUAUAUUACAGUAGAUUCCCUCUUAUCUGGUCUCACAGGGGUGAGACCUUAGGCUGGAUAAAUGAAUGACUGGUUAAUCAGAAAAUGCAUACAAAAUAAUAUGUAUAGGUUAUAAAUCCACUAGAAUAAAAGGAUUUGUGUUAGUAUAUAUUUUUCUAAUGCAUAAGUAGUCUAAAACUUAAAUGUCUGUCAUUAUUUAGCCCAUAGGAGGUGGGAGUGUUACUCUUCUCUGUUGUCUUUUGCUAGGACUACAGCAGAAAUUUAAUGGGAGGUUAAAGAGGAGGUCAGUUAAAGAGAGGCCGGGUAAGAGGGAGUCUACUCUACAUAUAUAUUCUAAAAAACUAUGUAAUAUUUCUUGAAGUAUGUAUAUACAUAUAAUUUGUUUUCAGAUUUAAACCUUUUUAUGCAGAGAGUCUUCAGUUAAAUUAUAGUUGAAGUAGUAAACAUGCUUAUGUGUGACCUAUGGUGUCAAAAUGGAAUAAUUUAUAAGUUUCAUUGUCAGACUUUUUACUAAAAUGUAUAUGUAUUUAUUUGAAUGUCAGAAAUGGCCAUAAACUUAAAUUAUGAAUUUAUAUUUUAAAACACCUAUACUAAAUGCUAAAGGAAGUGUCUAUUUAGGGGCUGGAUUAUAUCUUUUUGGACUUCUAUUCAGGAUGUACUAUUUCUGGAAUAUCACCACUAAAAUCCAAACUCUGAAAGUUGGAUCACCAUCCAGUUAAUUAGUUUCAUUUUGGUGGAUUAUGAACAUCCAUUCCAUGAUCCUUCAAGAAUGGUACAUAGGUUCAUAGGUUCAUAGAUAGGUACUAGGCUAUUAGCCCUAGGGCCUAUAUAAGCCUAGCCAAAAAG